AUGGAUCCCGCUGUGGUGGGAAGUUCUCAGUUCGGCCUCCUUUUCAAGACCAAGCUUCCCGGUACAUAUCCCAUCAACGGCCAGAAUGCGCCAGAGCAGAUAUUCUCCCAGCCGCUGGUCUAUACUGGCUCGGAUGGUGUUCAAUAUGUCUAUGUCGCAACAACUCAGAAUAAUGUGUACAAAAUAGUCGCAAAUACUGGCGUCAUCGUGGCAUCUCGGAACCUUCAUCGCCCAUUUUUGGUCAGCGAUUUGGAUGGAUGUGUUGAUGUCAACCCGACCGUUGGUGUGACGGCAACAGGUGUCAUUGAUCCAGAUACGGAUACAUGGUACAUGACGUCCAAGACUUACAUUGAUCAAAGUCUUACGGGAGCGACCGGGCGUCCAAAUGGCCGCUACUACGUUCACGCCAUCAGCACUGUUGACCUUUCCGAGAGGCCCAAUUUUCCAGUCAACCUCGAGGGCAUGGUAGCUCGAAAUAAUCCCGUGCGGUCAUUUAACGGCGGGAUCCAUCAUCAACGUCCUGGUCUGCUUCACACAGGUGACUAUGUGUACGCUGGUUUCGCUAGCCAUUGCGUCCAGUAUAACUUCACCGGCUGGAUUGUAGGCUGGCAUAAGAGCACCGGACAGCUCGUGGAAAGAUUCGCGACCGAAGGUGCUGGCGUUAGCCCUGACAUUCCUGGAGCGGGUGUUUGGAUGUCCGGUGGUGGUCUUGCAAGCGACGACAAAGGUUCCAUGUUCUUCGCUUCCGGCAAUGGCUAUGCUUCUCAACUCAACGGAAUACCCGUAAAUGGCAGGAAUCCACCAACAGCGCUGGAAGAAGCUGCUGUGCACAUGGCAAUCAACGAUGAUGGCUCUCUAACCGUAGUCGACUUUUUCAUGCCCUGGGAAAAAACCCAACUUGAUGGUGCUGAUAAAGGCACAGAUCUCGGUACAUCGCCGCUGGAACUCCUUCCAAGUCAAUUCUCCUGUGGCGACAUCACACGAAUCGGUGUCGUCACCGGUAAGAGUGGAAAGACUUACUGGCUCAAUCUCGACAACCUCGGAGGCUAUCAAAACGGCCCAAACAAGCUGGAUAAUGUAAUCCAAGUCUUUCAGAACGAAAACUCAGUCUAUGCCGGAGCUGGUGUUUACCCGCUUGAAGGUGGCUACAUCUACAUCAACGUCAUCCAAUAUCAGACCCAUGUGUUCAAAUUCUCCUGCAACGAUGGAGUACCAUAUUUCAACAAGGUGGCCGACUCUCCUGAGAAGAAUGCCUACAUCCUCGGCGUAGGUCACGGCACCGUCACUUCGCUCAACGAUCAGCCCGGAACAGGCUUGGUGUGGACGUCGGAUGUCGAAGGGUCGAACCUUCGAAUCUACGAUGCCAUCCCUGACGAGAAUGGACUCAUGACGGAAAUCAAUUCAUUUGUCACACCAGGAACAACCAAGUUUACCAGACCUGUCUUUGGAAAUGGGAUUGUCUAUCAGGGUACUACAGUCGGCUACCUUUAUGCCUACGGCGCACCCGUCAAUUUACCUCUGAACUGUACAACUCUCCAGUUUGGCACAGCCAACCUCAACACAACCACUGCGCCGAUGACUGUGCGAUGUACAGCCAAUACCGCGGUUACUGUCACCGCCGCAGGCCUUUCAGGAAAUCCAAAUUUCGCUGUCGGUGGAUUGCCCAAUUUCCCUCUAGCAGUCGUCAACGGACAACAGUUUUCAUUUCAGGCAACCUUCACCCCUCAAACCGUUGGCCCGCUAUCUUCGUCCGUGAUCUUGAACACAACUCAGCAGGCCGCUGGCUUCAGCAUCAACACUCCGGUCCAGCUGAAGGGCACUGGUCAGAGCCAAGCUGCUCUGAUGAUGGUCAUUCCAAACACUGUCAGCUGGAAUGGUGUCAUCACUGGACAGCAAGCCGGCGGAGUCAACCAGUCCGUGGUCAUUAGCAAUCUUGGAAACAGUCCUCUGUCUAUCAGCAACAUUAUGUAUUCCAUUGUUGGCGAGACUGGACCCUGGAUCUCGCCCAAUGGCACCGAAGCGGCAACUGCAGUCUCCGCUUUCACAUUCUACAACAUGCCGUCGUCCGUCCCUCCCAACAGCGCUGUCACUGUUCCUAUCAACUUCAACCCUCUGAAUUCCGGCAACUACGCCGCGUUCGUUCAGUUCAUCUCCAAUGGUGGAAUCAAAGUGAUUGAUGUCCUUGCAGCCGGAUCAGAUCAGCCGAAAGCUGUGCUUGAGUUCCAGAGCCUUGAUGGAGGGUGGAUAGCAUAUGACAAUACCACGGCCUUCAGCUUUGGUAACGUCACAGAGAACACCAGCCGGUAUCUAAAGAUGCGCCUGACCAACAACGGCUCCGCCAACGCGGCGGCAUUGUCAGUGACAGUCAGCAAGCCUCCUUUUGGCAUUGCCGGAAGCAUCAUUGGCGCCAGCAACCAAGUCGACCUCGCAGAAGGCACACUGGUUUACGCGGGACAAAACCUAACCGCCACACUCUUUUGCUCCGUGCCAAAGAGUCAAAUCAAUGUCGACCCCUACAAUGGCACUGUUCAGUGGACCAUGAAUCUCAACGAUCCGAGCUUUGGAAAGCAACACAUCCAAUUCUUCUGCAAUGCUGUCUCGGAACAAGUUCCUCCAUUGAAUCCGGUCUCCCAGCAAGGGAUGUACAGAUAUGGGGGCUGCUUCAAGGAGAACAAUCCAGGCCGACAACUUCAGACCACCAAGUACAGCGGGCCUAACAACACUAAUGACCAGUGCAUCUCUUUGUGCUCGGCAGCUGGGUAUAUCUUCGCUGGCACUCAAUACGAACAAGAGUGCUGGUGUGGCUACAACCGACCCAAGACAGUUGUAGCUGAUGCCAAUUGCAACUUUGCGUGCACCGGCAACGUCAAUGAGAUCUGCGGAGGCAAUGGUAUCGAUGAAACCGGCUCUUACAUCUCCCUCUUUGGCGAUAUCACGCGUUGGAACGGCAAUUCUACAGAUACACCAGGCCCAUACGUCAAUCCUGGCACGCUAGGAUAUUACAGUUUGGGCUGCUACACCGAAGGUUCCAACUCUCGAGCACUGAAUGUGCAGCCCAACGCCAACAACACUGUGGCUUCAUGUCUCCAAGCUUGUCAAGGCUACUUGUAUUCUGGUGUCGAAUAUGGUGGGCAGUGCUUCUGUGGAAAUACACUGGCGGCAGGCUCCGUCAAUGCCAGUGCAAUUGAUUGCAGCAUGACCUGCAACAACAACCAGACGGAAUACUGUGGAGGCCCGAGCCGGCUUAACAUGUACAUUUACGGCAAUGGUAGCCUUCCAAGCACACCACCUUCGAACGGUGGAGGCAAUAACAAUCUCCCUCCGCCAUCAGGCCCAACAAUUCCGUCGGCAAUCGGCAAUUUCACCUACCAGUCUUGCUAUGCUGAAAUCCCUGGCCGUGCACUCAGUGCUUUUGCCCUUGCCGACGAUAGCAUCACGUUGCAGACAUGCGCCAGCAACUGCAGGCAGUAUCAGUAUUUCGGCGUCGAAUACAGCCGAGAAUGCUACUGUGGGAACAGCUUGGGCUCAGGUAGCGCUCCAGCGACUGAUGGGCGUUGCAACAUGGCAUGUUCCGGCAAUUCCAGCUUCACUUGUGGUGGGCCAAAUGGAUUGACUCUGUACCGAAAUCUGAACUGGACCGCUUCCACCCCUCCUCCGCCGCCAUCAAAUCCGACCGGCCCAAGCAUUGUCCCCAGUGUCGGUAAUUUUCAAUUUGUCGACUGCCACACAGAAAUCCCCGGUCGCACUUUGACGGGCAAGGCAAUCGCCUCGAAUGGCAUGACUGUGCAAUAUUGUGCCGGAAACUGCACCGGCUUUACAUACUUCGCCGUCGAAUACGGUCAGGAAUGUUACUGUGGGAAUGGCCUGGGUUCUGGGUCUGUUACAGCUACGGAUGGACGAUGCUCCAUGACUUGUGCUGGCAAUUCGUCGACCAUUUGCGGUGGGCCUAAUGGGCUGAGUCUUUACCAGUAUGUUGUGCCUUCGAGUUCGAGUCCAACCUCGAGGGUUACAAGUACGACCACACCGAGCGCUUCGGUCAGAGCACCUUCAACCCUGUCAACAUCGACAACUGGAUCGACUUCUACCUCUUCGACCCCGUCUGCAACUGUGCCAUUCAGCGUUACUUCGACCUCGAGUUCUACCCAAUCCCCUGUAGCUAGGACUUUUAGCAUCACGAUCUCGACACAGGCUGUGAGCUCGUCAACCACUUCGAUACUCUCUUCGACUACCUCAUCAAUCGCGAGCUCAACUUCGUCGCUUUCACCUGUCACUACAUCAUCAAACUCAUCACGAAGCAUAACCACUACUUCUGGUUUAAAUUCUAUGUUAUUGUCUUCCUCAACGAGUGCAGCAGGCAGUGUUACUGGCAAUACGAACACAUUCCGAGCCACUACCGCUGCGUCGACGUUGACGACUUUCGUGGGUUUUACGACUUCGGCUACAGCAGUCAGGACCAUCUCAAGCACUUUAUCUUCGGCGGGUACGAGCACGAGCACGAGCACGAGCGUGAGCACGUCUAGAGCCGGGUCAUCGUCGAACAGUGCUAGUUUUGCCACUAGCUUCUUGCCUGCUUCUUCGACAACUAGCAGUGCAGCCGUCUCGUCAAGCUCAAUCCCGACAACCACAAGUCAAGCUGACCUUUCCACUCUGACAACAAUUUCAACCCGCUUGACCACCUUGUCCACUUUAUCAAGCGCCACCACAAGCACAUCAACCGCGAGCACCUCUUCGUCCGUGCCCUCGAACCCCUUCUUCCCCGCCAUCUAUCUCGGCUGUGCUCCCGAGCUGUCCAAUGGCCGUCUCCUCUCCAUCUCGUCCACCUCAAACUCGGCAAUGACAAUUUCCUCGUGUAUUUCGUUCUGCUCGGCGCAAAACUUACCCCUCGCGGGCCUGGAGUACUCGCGGGAAUGCUACUGCGCGUACUCCCUCUCGCCUUCCACGGCCUUGAAUGCUACGGGAUGCAGCAUGCCAUGCACGGGCAAUGCGCAGCAGAGGUGUGGUGGACCGAGUCGCUUGAGUAUUUACAACAAUACCUCGCUGUCACCUCCCAGCGCGAAGGCCAGCAUUUCGGGCUACACCUACCAGGGAUGCUUCACGGAUCCUUCCGCCGCGCAACGUACGCUGCAGGGCUACAGCACCUCCAACGGCACCUCCAUGACGCAAGAAUUCUGCAUCUCGGCCUGCCAAGCCAGAGGGUACAAAUACGCGGGCGUGGAGUUUAGCAGGGAAUGUUAUUGCUCGAACCAGCUUGGCACUGUGAGUAACGGGGGCAAAGGUUCGCAGGCAUCAGAGGGGGAUUGUUCCAUGCUGUGUGUCGGCGAUACCAAUGAGUUUUGCGGUGGAAGUGCGAGAAUAGGGGUCUGGAUGAGUGGUUCUUGA